AUUUGUUAUGAUGUAAUUAGCUAGCGCAGGUUGUCCGCGAACAGCAAUGAAAGAUGAAAACGACAGCUACAGUAAUGAAUUGCGUUGCUGUUUUAAUGAGUUCUCUUGAAUCCGAGCAACGUUUUCCACGGUGCAAAUAUUGAUAUGUGAUGUUUGUUACAUGUAACCACACCGCCAGCUCGCUGGUUGUAGCCAGCUAGCUAGCUUGAACUGGAUGUGGUGUGCCUAACCCUAACGUCAGUGAUAUUGUUUUUGCUGUUACCGUUCCCCCUACCUGUGAAUCAUGGAAGGAACGCUUUACAAGUGGACUAAUUAUAUGACGGGAUGGCAACCACGCUGGUUUGUUUUGGACAACGGAAUCCUCUCUUAUUAUGACUCCCAAGAUGAUGUUUGUAAGGGGAGUAAAGGAAGCAUUAAGAUGUCCGUCUGUGAAAUCAAAGUUCACCCAACUGACAAUACCCGACUGGAGCUGAUCAUUCCAGGAGAGCAACAUUUUUAUGUAAAAGCUGUGAAUGCGGCCGAGAGGCAGAAAUGGCUGGUCGGCCUCGGAAGUUCUAAAGCUGGUCUUAUUGACACCCGAACCAAAAAGGAGAAAGAACUGACAGAGACCACUGAGUCCUUGAAGACCAAGAUGUCAGAGUUGAGGCUCUACUGUGACUUGCUGAUGCAGCAGGUCCAUACCAUUCAGGAGUCGGUGGUCAAAGAAGAACAAGAACAAGAGGAAGAGGAAGAGCAACAGGAAGAGGAAAACCAACCCCAAACCCAGUCCAACACUGAGACCAUGAAUGAAGCCUCGUCACUAUUGAGUGCGACGUGCAACACGUUUAUCAAGACACUGGAGGACUGUAUGAAGAUUGCCAACUCCAAGUUCAAAUCUGACCUGCUGCAGCCACCGCCGCCUGACCCCCUCAUGUCCCCCGUGUCUCCGUCCCCCAUGCAGAUGGCCCGGAUGAAGCGAUCGAUUAGCCAUCCAGGAACCUACAGCUUUGAGAGGUCAAGCCACUUGGCAAAGGACGGUCUCCCUCCACUGCCACUCGCGCCCUCCCAGAGGCCGCCGUCGCAGAGACGCACGCGCACAUGCUCCGACACGGACGCACCCAGCGACAGCUGCACAGAGGAGACAGACAGAAUGGUACCAUAUUCCAAAGCCAGUGUCAACGGCGAUUCCGCUCCCAGCAUUCCGGAAGAGAGUAACGCAAACGGCAACGACCAGAGUGCUACUCUAGCCCAGGACAUGGACACGCCAGAGUCUGACCUUUCACUCUGAAAGCUGGCUUUUACUUUCUUUUUUGGCUUUUAUUUUCAAAAACAAAAAAACCUUUUGUCUUUUAAAAGAAAAUCUUUUACAUUACUAGAUACUGCUAUGCAGUCUCGGCUUGCAAAUGCGUUACUGAUAUUGUAGGAAAUAUACUGUAGUAUUAUUUCCUCUGCAAGCAUUUAUUCGCACUUUAAAAAGAAGGAAAUGAAUGUUUGUAUGUAUUAAGGUAUUUUUAAAUGUUGUUGAUGCCAGGUCAUGAAAAAGUUUUUUUGUCUAAAAACUGUCUAAAUGUUUUCACGAUUCACCAGUGUGUUUAGCAGAUCUACACAGUAAAUUUUGCUGUGUUAAUUCAACACCUGGAGAGUCCAUUUAACAUCUAGAGUGCAUUUGAUCCCAGAGUACUCUCUAAAUGUUGAAUUCACGCUGCAUUUCUUGCUGUUUACAUCUGCAUUUUCAGUGGCAGCCGUUCCCUCAAGAAAAGAAAAAAACUUUACAAAAACCUUUGGCUACAGUGCCCUUGAGUUGUAUGGAUGUCAAAGCAGUUCUUUUGUAUGUCAAAAUAUAUUGUAGCCGUAAGAACCAGACACUUGUACAUGCAUGUACCAGUGUUGUUGACAUCAUUUUCUGGAAAUAAGUAUCAAUGUUAUUUAUUUUGACGUUUUCCUGAAGAAUGUGCACAGCUCACAUCCCGUCCGUCCCUUAAAACUGCUCUCUCUGCCUUAACAUCAGUUCUUUGCACGGAAGGGUGUCUUUGGCUAUCGAUAAGUACUGAUUUGUGGCAACUUUAAGAUGUACAAUAAAUAUAUGUAAUAAGGACAAAUAUUUACUUAUA